AUUGUCUCGGUAAGUAGUGUAACUAGUCUAGAAAGAGAUACUAUUAGGUUUUUGACACUAGAUAAAAAAGGCAUAGAUGUGCUUAGUGUACUAUAUGAUCUGAUACUGAGGAAAGUCAUUGGUUUGAUUAAAUAUUCUGAUUAGAAAUAUAAUAACACAAUAUAUAUAUAACAUAUACAAAGAUCAUCAUAACAUGAGGAGUUCUAAGCAGUAGUAGAAUUUAUGGUUUCAAAAAAGGGUACAACAACUGUACACGGCUUCAUCUCUCGUACAUUACCAGUCCAUCCAUCUGCUCCUCUGCUACAAGGGAGAAAAACCCCGGGAAAGGAAGAGCUGUGUCCACCAAUCGCCUCCCUCCAUUUGCUUCUUCCAUCAGGAAGUGUAGUAGGUAAUAUUACCUUCACAGGACGAUCACUUGCAUUGAAUCCAAUAAACAGAUCAUUCUUGGUUGUUUCUUCCCCUGACUCUGCUUUGAUCCCCAAUGCCAAGAAUCUGGAAACGGUAUCAUUUUUGUCAGUCAAGACUAGACACAUUGGCACAACAUCAAGUAGCUUACCCCCUGGUCGAUCGAAUCAAAUGCUUUGUGAACAUCUGCAACCACCAAGAACAAAGGAUGAAGUUCCCCAGAGAUACGGGCCUAGGUUUACGUCAUGGUCAGAAACAGAAGAAGACCCAAGGACAUCUGGUUCUUUCAGCUGA